GCAAUCACCGGUUAGAAGUUCUCGGUUCAACGCUGGUUUUUAUAAGUCAGAAAUUUUGAAAAUGACUGAAAUUUAACAUUUUUAAAUAUAAUUUUAUUGAGAAACGAUAUUUUCUAUCUUUAUCUAGAAAAUUUAAGCGUGAAAAAUAGAAACUAUUUUAUCCAAUGGAAAAAUUGUAUUACGCAGACUACGCUGUUGAUAAAAUGGCAGUCCAAGCAGAAGAUGGCAUCGUUGAAAAUGAGAUGGUACCAGAGGUUACUGAACAAAUCCAACAACCUACAAGACUUGUCUACCAGUGGGUUGAUAUUACAGAUGAAUUUUCCCAAGCAUGUUCUGAGCUACACCUUGGCGAAUUACUUAGAGAUUCUUCAUUUACCCUCUUUGAAGCAAUGUCAGCAAUUGAAAUGAUGGACCCCAAAAUGGAUGCUGGUAUGCUUUGUAAUCAAACCAAGAGAAAAGUGUUAAAUUUUGAGCAAUCUAUAAAGGCUAGUAUUGUGUCAAUAAAAGAUCUCAAGUUUCCAAAAUUAAUUGGUAUCAUGGAUGCUACUUUGGCCUGUCUGGUUACAUGGUUAGAAGGACAUUCUCUUGCUCAGACAGUAUUUACUAACCUUUAUCUGCACAAUCCCUACAUUAUUGAGGACAGAUAUUUGAAAGCAUUCUGUAUUUGUAUUCUGAAAACUGUUGAUAUAAUUCGAGACAGAGUCAACAGAGCUGGGGCAUUUGAAGAGGAAGAUUUUCAACUUGUUACAUAUGGAUUUAAAAUGGCUGCUGAAACUUCAGACGUUCGGGCAAUUGGUAUGAUGAAAGAAGUAGAAGAAGAGGUCAAUAGAAUCAUUAAGAACACCCGUAGUAAACCAGGCACUCAACGAGAUUCUGACACACAAACAGAGCAUUGUUUGUCCGUUGCUGUUUAUAAUAGACUUAAAUUUUACCGGAUGUUCUUGACUGUAUUGAUAUCAUUUAGCAAGGAAAAAUGUGAAGGUAUUUCUCAAGCCCAGCGUUUACUGACGCAGUUGAUAGAACUGGUACCACAGAUGAAAAAAGAACUGUCGCUUGGUAUUCAAGCAGAGGAAGGUGGAGUUACAAAGACUGACUAUCCAACUAUUAUGGGCUUUGAACCUCUUGUGAAUCAGCGACUGCUUCCACCUACAUUCCCAAGGUACACGAUGAUAAAAAGCCGUGAGGAAGCUCUUGAUUAUAUGGAGAACCAGUUACUUUGUCGUUUGCAGACUGUCACUCUCAUUACAGAGAUAACAUCUUUACAUAACAUGUUGGAAAUAUUUACUGAAUUCAGCAAAACCUGUCCAUGUGUCCUUUCUAGAUCUUUACUGCAGUUGCUGUUCUUGCCAUUCAACAAAAAACUGUUUGGUAUUUACUCAAUUGUUGACACUUUGAAAGAAAGCAUAAGGAACUUCAUCGCUCCUGUAGCGCUGUUUCCAAAAUCCUCAUUGUAUAACAAUCCUCAGGCAAAGGAGUAUGUCGAUGCAUUUCUCACUAAAGCAGUGCGUCCAGUCUGUACAAUAUUCCAAAUAACUGGACACAACAGGGCUCGGCAACGAGAAAAGUGGACUCAUAUUUUAGAAGAACUUGCUGCACUUCAAGAAGAGGCUGAUAAAGUGGAUUCCUACUUACAUAGUCAACUUAUUAAAACUGAGCCCACAAAAGUACAUCUGGCAUGUUUCGGAACCUGGGUUCUCUACCACACACUCUAUGUAAUGAUCAACUACACUCUAGCUGGAUUGGAGUUAGAACUCUAUGCUACAUAUGAGUAUCAUUAUAUAUUCUGGUACCUUCAUGAAAUGCUCUAUGCUUGGAUGGUAUCUACCCUGGUCAGAGCUGAUAGUUUUUUGUUGGAACAUGAAGCACAAAAUGAUCAACAGAUUAAAGGACGGUACAAUCGGAAGAAUAAAAAGAAGAAACGAACAAAAACAUUAAGCCGUGAAAUUACGCUAAAUCAGGGACAUCAGCAACUAUUCGGAGGCUAUCACAAGGCUUUGAUGGGUUUUCAGUUGGAUGGUCGGAUGAAGAAAUCAAAAUUCGAAUUUGAUAACGAAGAGAUCCGUUAUUCACAUCGAUUUGCACCAUUUGUACACUUCGUUACUCCCCCUAUGGUACACUAUUCACGUUACAAGGAAAUGAAUGAUUUAUCGAAGUAUAAUUAUGAACGAGCAUCUACUGAAAUGUAUGGGUUAGCUUGUAAACAAUUCCACCAGGCUAAGACCUUCUAUGAGAAUAUACCCAAUCCCAAUGAGGAAGUUCAAAACCUAAUAAAAAUUGCAAAAACUAAUUAUGUUGUGAUGAAACUAUUGUUAAGUGGUCACAAAAAGGACUCCUCAGAUCCACCUGAAUUUGACUUUAGCCUCAGCAAAGUUUGUCCUGUAAUUAAAUUAAAUUAAUUUGGCACCUGAGUAUUAUUCUACCUUUUGGCAUAGUAAUAUGUCAUUAGAAUGAGGAGCUGAUCUAAACCAAAACUUACAUUGGUUCAUUCAGGUGGAUUGAGUGUUUUGUUGUUACUGCUAUGUGCACAAAUGGUCUGAACGUUGACUGAAGUUGAUCAGAGACAAAUAAAUACCUGCUUUGUUGCAAACAAUUCUUUGAUUGCAUCAGUCUUAAAACCUUUUGUUAAAAAUUGAUAAUAAAAAUUUUAAAAAUA